CUUGGUUAAAAAUAAAUAAAAUGGCUGACGUUGUACAUGUACAGCAGAUUUUGCCUCUUGCAAAUGCACCUUUAUUUGCGACCAAUGGUCACAAAGUACUUUUAAUGACUGGAAAUAAAGCAUUCUCUUCAUUUGAGCUACGUAAUGAAGAGUACCAAAAAAUAAGUUCAGUGGAAUGUUCAUUAAGAGACGUCAUUUCUCUUUCCUGUACUACAUAUCCGUGGAUAGUUAUAUCAGAGGGAUCAGGAAUUAUCCAUGCCAUCAAUUGGGAUAAACUUUUAGAGACAAAGACAACCUCUCAGUCUCAAGGCAAAGAAGACAUAUUUGCUUCUCUCCUUGACAUGGAGAGCAAUCCAAAGCCAUCAAAACUAUCUAAAUAUGAGGCCAAAUCAUCUCCAAUCAGCCUGACCACAAUCUCUCACCUCAAGACAGGAUCCUUACUAUAUAAUGGAGCAUUGAUUGCUUUCUCCACUUCACCUGAUAGCUUAUGUUACAAGCUUAAUAUUUGGAGGCCAUCUUUAGACUUUACUGACUCACAACUGCCGAGCUUUCCUCUCCAGCCUGAUUCAGUCAUUUCUCAUUCCAUUACUCAUUCUGGCUCACACUCAGCCUGCAAUAGGGACAUUCCUUAUUUGGUAGUCUGUUCGGCUACUUCUGAUCCCAGUGAUGGAGUGGUUAUGCUCUCACUGGAACUCUAUGCUUAUCUUUUUGAUCCUGAAGAAACUCUUGGCCAGUCUCAGGUUAUUAUUUACGGAUGUGAGUGUGGUAAUGUGUUUGGUGCUUCAAUAAAGAGGCUCCAUAAUCCUACAGUGAGUACUAAUAAUGAAGGCUUGGGGUUGAUAUUGUUAUGCUCUGUUGGUCAACCAGUAUUGUCUAUUUACGGACUCUCUCAAUGCAAUUCUCUUAUUAACAAUUCUUUAUUGAUAAUUGGCACUUUGGGUAAGAUCCUUCUUCUACAGGCACUGCCCAAUACCUCCACUGUUUCAACACAAGAGGUUUUAUUAGGUGGGCCUAUACUCUCCUCCCUUUUAAUACCAGGGAAUGCACUGCUACUGAGUAACCUAAGGUCAGUGCAGCUCAUAUGUCUCAAAUGCAACCGUGAUGAUGAUUCAUCAUUUCUCUCUGGUCUUUUUGAGCAUCCAGUGACACUCCUCUCAUCCCCUCACUACUUGCUAUCAUAUAAUGAAACAAGUGGCAACCAUUUUGCUGUACUUGGGCUAAGAAUUGACGGGCAACUAUCAACAAUCAAGCUACCAAGCAAUUACACUAAACUCUUAGAAAUGCAGCAAGGUAUUACAAUCAGGGAUCAGUUAAAGCAUACAUUGAAAUCCAUUGAAGAGACAACAAAUAUUUCCCAAAGACUUGAUUCUGAUAUAUCACUGAUUGAUAGUCGUCUGACUGCUUUAAAUCAAAUGUGUUGCCUCUUUACUGAGCAGUUGGACUCAUCUUUUCCUCCUCUGAAAGUUGAUGUGAUUAUUAAGCAUGGACAGUUAGACACAAGCAAGAAACAGUAUUUCCUUAAUGUCGUGCUUUCACUAAAAAAGGGGCAGGCUAAUCUCAAGAAAGGUUGUUUUCUUAUCAUAGAAAUGAAGCCUGGUUGUAUGGGUUUGUCCGCUGUUUACUUACCGUCAUCACCUUCAGCCAUCACUGAAUCAAACACUCACUCUCUGUCAUUGGAAGGACUCAGUAGUGAUAAGGCUCUUUCUGUCAGUCUUCCUGUACCAAAUCAUUUGCUGUAUUUUUAUCAUGUCUCUGUGAAUUGUUCUAUUUCUUUUUCUCCUUCCACUGUAUCACUUACCAGUACAUUUCUAGUACCACUCUCUCAGCAGUUUUUCACUCUACUUGAUUUCAUUCAGCCUCUGAGACACGAUCGAUCACUGAUAUCUGAGACUGUCAGUGAAUCAAUUUCCAUCACUAUAAGUGAUUCCUUGAUUAGGGAUUAUCUAAAGGAAGAUUCCAUAAGGCAGUCCUCAUUAUUAUCCAGUGUAUUCGUGAGAUUACUUGGGAAUUAUAGACAGCAAGAAACCUCUGAGUAUAUUUUCAAAACGAAAGACUCUCGUGGUAAUGACAGUACUGAGCUGUUUUGUAUGCUACCUGAUGACUCAAUAGCAAGAAUUAAACUACAGUCUAAUACACUGAAGGAUGAGAGCAGCAGUAGUACAAGAGUUUACUUACUGACAGUCACUGGAGCAAAUCUUCUUAAUACUGUACAUUUGACUGAUGUCAUAUCCCAGCUAUUGCAAGUAAAGCUACCAAGCUGUAGUAUACAAUUAAAGCAACAGUUUAAAGUAUGCAAUAAGAAUAAAAUGUGCUCUGAAGCCUCUGAUUAUUGUUAUUUCAGCACAGAUGUUAGGGAGAGAAUUCACUGACCUAUCAAAGUGAGAUCAAUUUUUAGAUGUUUUUAUUUGAUUUUGUAGAUGAUUUCUAGUGAUUUUUAUAAAUGAAGGUGUUGAAGUUUAUGAAAAUGUAUCUCCAAUCAAGCUGUUUUUAAUUUGUUUAAUCAUCAUAGAUCUAAUCAUUAUUCAUAGGCAUAGUUUAUUUACACGUCAUCAUAAGCUAAA